UUAUUUCUACACGCGCAGAGGGGGGGGAGAGGAAGUGAACCAGUCUCAUAGCAGGAGAAACCAACUUGUCUGUGCCUGUGUAAACUCUUAGAAAGACAAGACACUCCUCUUUUUACUGGUAAAGCCUGUUUCAGUCCCCCGUAUUGUAGGUGAGUUCAGGUUUACAAUUAUUUGGAAAAGCCUUGUCGGACCAAGCCUUUUUUUGUAAUUCAGGAAGAAGAGAAGGAAGUAAAAGACAUGGACAAAAGAGGAGAAUUAAAAAGAAGUUAGCGUCUACAGUAAAGUCACCUUUGGGAAAAACGACUCAGAAAGAAGAAGUGUCCGUAGAGGAAAGAGGAACAGGAUGGGGAUGGAUUUCAGCACUCUUCGGACCCUCAUCAGCAGAUAUUGUGUUGGUGAGGAGAACUGGGUGGACAGCAGGACGAUUUUCAUUGGACACAAGGAGCCUCCUCCAGGAACAGAAGCCUUUAUACAACAAAGAUUCCCCGACAACAGAAUAGUCUCCUCCAAGUACACAUUUCUGAACUUCGUCCCGAAGAAUAUGUUUGAGCAGUUCAGGAGAGUCGCCAACUUCUACUUUCUCAUCAUAUUUCUGGUUCAGUUGAUCAUCGACACUCCGACCAGUCCUAUCACCAGCGGGCUGCCGCUUUUCUUUGUUAUCACAGUCACAGCCAUUAAACAGGGUUAUGAGGACUGGUUGAGACACAAAGCAGACAACGCUAUCAACCAGUGUCCUGUCCACGUGGUGGAGAACGGGAAAGUGGUCUGCAAACAAAGUCGCAAGCUCAGGGUUGGAGACGUCAUCUUGAUGAAAGAAAAUGAGACUUUUCCCUGCGACCUCAUCCUUCUUUCCACGUCUCGAGAUGAUGGGACCUGCUAUGUUACUACAGCCAGUCUGGACGGAGAGAGCAGCCACAAGACAUACUAUGCAGUUCAGGACACCAAAGCUUACAACACAGAGGAGGAGGUAGACACCAUCCACGCUACUAUAGAAUGUGAACAACCACAGCCGGACCUGUACAAAUUCGUUGGCCGUAUCAACAUCUACAUGGACAAUGAGCCAGUGGCCAGGCCAUUAGGAGCAGAGAACCUGCUGCUCCGAGGAGCCACACUCAAGAACACUGCACACAUAUAUGCGGUUGCCAUCUACACUGGCAUGGAAACCAAGAUGGCUCUCAACUACCAGUCCAAGACUCAGAAACGGUCCGCAGUGGAAAAGUCAAUGAAUGCCUACCUGGUGGUCUACCUGUGCAUUCUCAUCGGCAAGGCACUCAUCAACACAGUGCUGAAAUACGCGUGGCAGGCCGACCCCAACAGAGACGAGCCCUGGUACAAUGACAGGACAGAAACAGAGAGACAGAGACACAUCGUGAUCAGGGCGUUCACAGACUUCUUGGCCUUCAUGGUUCUUUUCAACUACAUCAUCCCUGUCUCCAUGUACGUCACUGUGGAGAUGCAGAAGUUCCUGGGCUCCUAUUUCAUCAUGUGGGAUGAUGAAAUGUUUGACAAGGAGCUAGGAGAGAGAGCCGUGGUCAACACGUCGGACCUGAACGAGGAGCUGGGACAGGUGGAGUAUGUGUUUACAGACAAGACAGGGACUCUGACAGAGAACAACAUGGAGUUCAUUGAGUGCUGUGUGGACGGACACGUUUAUGUACCUCAUGCUAUCUGUAACGGACAGGUAAUGCCUGGUGCAACAGGUAUGGACAUGAUCGACACAUCGCCAGGUCCUGGGGCCAGGGAGCACGAGGAGCUGUUUUUCCGGGCACUGUGUUUGUGCCACACGGUGCAGGUGAAGGAGGAGGAGACAGUGGAUGGGAUCAAGCAUGGCAUCCACCAGGGCAAGUCCACUUCCUUCUACAUCUCCUCAUCUCCAGACGAGGUGGCGCUGGUGGAGGGCAUGAAAAGGCUCGGUUUCACCUAUCUGAGACUCAAGGACAGUCACAUGGAGAUCUUGAACAGGGAGGAUGAGAUUGAGAGGUUUGAGCUGCUGGAGGUUUUGACAUUUGACUCAGUCAGACGGAGGAUGAGUGUCAUUGUCAGGUCCAGCUCCGGUGAACUCUAUCUGUUCUGUAAAGGCGCAGACUCCUCAAUCUUCCCCAGGGUUAUAUCGGGCAAAGUGGAUCAGGUUAGAGCUCGGGUGGAGCACAACGCAGUGGAGGGUCUGAGGACACUUUGUGUUGCCUAUCGGCCUCUGAGUCCUGAACAGUACCAGGAGGUUUGCCACCUGCUUAACGGGGCCAAGUUGGCACUACAGGACCGAGACAAACGACUAGCCGAGGCCUACGACAUCAUCGAGAAAGACCUGAUACUGUUGGGAGCCACUGCUGUGGAGGACAGGCUCCAGGAAAAAGCAGCAGACACCAUUGAGUCUCUCCACAAGGCAGGUAUGAAGGUGUGGGUGCUGACCGGUGAUAAGAUGGAGACAGCGGCUGCAACCUGCUAUGCCAGCAAGCUCUUUCGCCGCAACACCCAGAUCUUGGAGCUGACCACCAAACGUACUGAGGAGCAGAGCCUUCACGAUGUCCUGUUUGACCUGAGCAGGACCGUCCUGAGGCAACACGGAGGCAUGACCAGGGACACCUUCUCUAGUUUAUCAGGUGACUAUACUGACUAUGGUCUGAUCAUCGAUGGAGCCACUCUCUCUGCGGUGAUGAGGCCCACCCAGGAGGACUCGAUUUCAGGGAACUACAAAGAGAUCUUCCUAGAAAUCUGCCGCAACUGCAGCGCCGUGCUCUGCUGUCGAAUGGCGCCACUCCAGAAAGCACAGAUUGUGAAGCUGAUCAAAGCCUCCAAGGAGCACCCGAUCACGCUGGCCAUUGGAGACGGAGCUAACGAUGUCAGCAUGAUCCUAGAGGCCCAUGUUGGCAUCGGAAUUAUGGGUAAGGAGGGUCGUCAGGCAGUGAGGAACAGUGACUACGCCAUCCCAAAGUUCAAACAUCUCAAGAAAAUGCUGCUUGUCCAUGGACACUAUUACUACAUACGCAUCUCUGAACUUGUGCAAUACUUCUUCUACAAGAAUGUCUGUUUCAUCUUCCCCCAGUUCCUCUACCAGUUCUUCUGUGGCUUCUCACAACAGCCACUGUAUGAUACAGCCUACUUGACUCUGUACAACAUCAGCUUCACCUCGCUGCCCAUUCUGCUCUACAGUCUCAUAGAGCAGCACAUUAACAUGGACAUCCUGAAGAAGGACCCAUCUCUCUAUAGAGAUAUUGCUAAGAACUCUUUGCUGCGGUGGCCCAUCUUCUUAUAUUGGACUAUCCUGGGUGUGUAUGAUGCCAUAGUGAUGUUCUUUGGUGCCUACUUCCUGUUUGACAACACCACCUUCACCAGCAAUGGACAGCUAAUGACAACCAACACACAGAUGAUGUUUGGAAACUGGACAUUUGGGACGCUGGUCUUCACUGUGCUAGUCUUCACUGUUACAUUUAAGUUGGUUCUAGAUACUCAUUACUGGACUUGGAUCAACCAUUUUGUCAUCUGGGGCUCACUGAUAUUCUUUGUGGUAUUCUCUCUGCUGUGGGGAGGAAUCAUUUGGCCUUUCCUCAACUACCAGAGGAUGUACUAUGUGUUCAUGCAGAUGUUGUCCAGUGGUCCGGCCUGGCUCAGCAUAAUCCUUCUGAUAACAGCCAGUCUGCUGCCAGAUGUGGUGAAGAAGGUAAUCUGGAGGGCGCUGUGGCCCACCACGACUGAACGCAUACAGAAUGCUGAUAAACUCUACAAGGGCCAGCUGUCCGAGUUCACCCCCCUGGCGUCUCUUCACGCGCCAUCCAAGGCUGGCAGCCACCGGCGAGGCUCGGGCAACGAAAGGAACGCCCCAAACCCUCGAAGGACUAACUGGUGUUGCCUGUGUGCAAACAUAUUAUCGCGAAAUACUCCCUAGGACUCUCUACAACAUUGUAAGGAGGAGUGUAGUAGAGCAGUAAAGCCUAAGUGUUGGAGAGUUGGUCUUUUUUCCUAUUUCAUUAGUCAGUGUUUAUUAAGAAAGACCGAAUUUAGCUGCACGUCCAACACUUACGCUUUCAAACUCAAAUUUAGGUAGUCUAGAGUAAUUGGUGGAACAAAUGUGUGUAUCUGUGUGCAGUUGUUUGUGUGUAUGUGUGUUGCAUUCAUUUCUGCAGGAUCCCCUUCUGUCUUUUUGUCUCUAAAGCACUUUAACUGUAGACCUUCUUAAAUGUAUCUAUAAUGCUACUGUAUAUGCAAAGACCACAUUUUUAUAUGGCUUAGAAAGAGAUAGAUGGUAGAAAUAGCUAUAUUAUGGCUUCCCAGCUGUUUCUCAAUGCCUUAAUGCCACAUUGUAAAUAUUACAUUAUCUUCCACAGAGAUUUUUUACCAAAGAAACAGACAAUAUGACGUCUUUUAGACAACAACUGAUGGAUACACUGCAGUGCUAGGUGAAGUGUGUGAUCUAUGGGUCAGUGUACACACUCAUGGUUCUGUAAAACACUUUAAAUAAAAAGAGUAUGAAAUUUAGUGGGCGUCUUUAAGGAAAAUAAAAAUUAUGACGGUAGUAAAAUGCAGCCCUCUUAAUAUGUGUAAAACCUUGGGUGCAUGUCAGUUGUCAAGCUUUGAGAGCUUUGAUUUUUACUUGCGUUCAUUUUCCUCAAAGCACCUUAAAAGUUAACAUACGAAACAUGUCCGCAUUGAAAUCAUCAUAACACAACAAAAUUAUUCUAUCAAGUUCCCCAAACUACUUGAUGCCUUAAAUAAAUUAAUAUGCCGUUUUUCUGAGAUUUGAUUAUUUAACAGACAGCCAUUUAUUGAUGAGAACAUAGUAUGAAGUUGGAGACAGCAGCUGCUUAGCUUAGCUUAGCAUAAAGACUGGAAACCGGAGGAAACGACUAGCUCUGGCUUUGUCAAUACAAUAAAACAUUUCCCCAAAUGUCAAACUGUUUCUAGAGGUAUAACAUAAGAUAAAAAAUGGAACUUCAUGCACCCAAAGGAAGUGAGUAUAAUGAGUAUCAGAUAUGCAUACCUAUUUAUGUAUUUUAGUUUACAGCAUCUAAUAGCUCAGUGUUAAUGCUCUUAAACGCCUUAUUGUUACAAGAGUCCAAUGAGAUUCUCUACCUUGAAAAGAGCCUCUGCAGUGCAGUCUUUAAAUUUUGUCUCACACGUUCCUACUUCAACAUUUAUCCUCUCUGACUUUCUUUCUAGCUGUCUCUCUCUUCCUGUCCUCUCAUUCCUUUUCUGGUGACGUGAUGCUGAUGUGGAAGUUUUCCUAUCUCUGUGAGAGCCGCCUCCACCCGUCUGAUCAUACUCUCGUGUGUCCCUUUCUGCAUCUUCUCGGACAUUCAUCCAUAUAUCCAUCUAUCAAUGUGAGACAGAGUACAAAUUAUGUUUUCUACUACUUUUAAUAGUACUUCUAUGAACCAAAGCCUUGUUGCUGCUAGAGAUACUUAUAGCUGAUUUACAUUAGGUGCCUUGUGGUAGUUUCUCUCUCUGCUGAACUGUCUUUGCUUGCUUUAUGGUAAAUUUACCAUUAAUAAUAGGCAUUUGGAUCGCACAAAAGCACCGCAGAUGAUGGAUGAAAGGAUGCAUGACUCAGGAGUGACUGAGAGAAUGGAUACGUGAGUGAAAAGGUGAAUGUAAAAAUCUGUUUUACAUAGGUUAUACUGUCCAAGAAGACUUAUUUGGAACAAACAACACUGAAAUAUUUCAAGUAAUACAUGAUCAAUGAACAAAUGAUUUACUUACUGCACCAACACAUUCAAUGAUUCACGUUUUCAUGUUUUUUUAUUGUUUAUAUUCCAUAUGUUUUAUAUAUGUUCAGGAGGGCAUCUGUCUCUGAAAUGAUAUUUUUAUUGUUUUCUAUUAUGUGUUGUGUGUGUGUGUGUGUGUAUAAUUCCUCUUUCCCAAAUUAAGAGUGAGUGAGGGUCUCAGAGCACAAAAUAUAUCAGUCUGAUGUGAUGUUGUCUUUAACUUUAUUUCAAUGAUAGAAAACUUGAAGAGCUCCGUUUGAUUGAUCAAUGUUACAAACUGAUUUUUGUGUGUGUGUACAUUUCCUUUGAAUUUAACUUCAAAAAAUUCUGGUUUUCUAUUUUAAUAUUUAUAUAAAAGUAACAGUAAAGCAAAGGGGUUUUUAUACUGUCGGAUUAUGUGGUAAAAUCCACAGAAUUUGUCUCUAAACUUCAUUUGCAAAACAAUAACAUAAUAACCUAUUUUCUUACUCACCUCCUAGUAGUAUCUGGUCAUGCAGAUUGGAACUACUUUCUACAAAAGCAGUAGUCCCAACUUUUUUACAGUGAAGUCUGUAGAAUAUCGGGGUGGAGACAGAAAUCUCAGAGACUGAUAUCUCAGAACCUGGGCUGAGAAAACAAACUAUCUGCAUGGCUAGAUACUUCAAGUUGAAAUAUUGCCUUGCAUGUAAAUGACCCAUUGCAACGAACACAGCCUCAGAGCACUAGCCAUGUAAGAGUAAAUGAGCAUUACAAUUGUCCUAGUCUUGCAUUCUAAAGUCAUGUAUAAUCCCGCCAUCACAAUUGAGAAUCACUUCUUGGAAAUUAAGGUUUCUCUUUCUAUCCACACACAAAUCUACAAAAUCCUGUAUUGUGGAAUAUUAUUAUUAUUAUUAUUAUUAUUAUUAUUAUUAUUAUUGGAAUCUAAACUGGAAUCCACAUUAAUUAAUGAAUGAAUUACAAAAAAUAUCCACAUCAACUGUAGUGUUUUUUGUAUGUAUGAUAGAGAUCAUGUAACCCUUUUUUUACGCUCUGGAGACAGUAUUUGAUUUGUGUCUUAUUUAUGUAGAAGAGUAUUAGAACAACCAAACUGAGUUGAAACAAAAAUACUGGACAUGUAUGUAUGCAUAGCUUUAAUGCUUCUU